AAAAUGGUGCAUCGAGGGGCGACGGUCGUACGAUAAUAUUUUAUUGCACCAUCAAAUAAAGUUCCGAAUUAUUUAAUGUCUGCCUUUUCCUUGUCGCCAAUAGUUGUGCUUGUGCUGGUGAAAAAGUUUCCCCCAAUCGCGUCUCGGUUCGUGAUCAUCCUCGCCGAGUGAUUUUUUAUAUCCGAAAAGUCGUGUUUUAUUGUGAAAAGUACAGCUGUAGGAAGAGUGGCUGGUGUGUAGUGUUUCGCAUAAUAUUAUUGUAUUUUCCACGACUCGGUGAUUGUGUGUUUAGUUUUUUCAUCUGAAAGUUCCUCCACUAGUUGGAUAGUAGCAGCAGUGGAGAAGUGUAAGAACGCGAAACAGGAAGCAGAGACCACCUCGUCUCGGGAGACGGAGCGAGAGGGGACCAGUGUAUGUGUUGGAUCCCGCUUCAUCUCUUAGCCAUAUGAGUAGAAAUAUGACGAUCCCGUCAAGGCCAGCCCCACCGCCACCACAGGCAGCCUCGAACAAAACCACACGCUACAGCCCGGCCACCAACUGGGAUGAUACGCCAUUCAGUGCACCACCAACCAGUAUUGGUGCGGUCGGCAGUAGACCUGCCCCGCCACUGACUGGAAAUCAGCUCAACAUGAAGCCUAAGAAAGCGCCUCCACCAAGGCCUCCCCCACCGAAAGUCGUCCCGGCACUGAAGAAACCCGGCCAGCCACAGUCCAUCAACAUCCUAUCGAAUCUGUUCGGUCAGAAGAGGAACCACGCAUCGAAAGGGGUCGCACAGAAAGGACAAGUUCCUAUGAAGUUGCCGCCACCUCCGAAACAACCUCCGCCCCUGCACCAACACACUACCGGACACUACAGCUCCAUCGGGUCCACUCCGAACAGCAAUGCUCAAUCCCAUGGAAAUGGGGCAGAAUUUCUAAUAAGCUUCGAUUCGCCACCGAGUUCGCCAACGUUCACACAAAAAUCCUGCAGCGAUUGCAUCAGUGUGGAUAGUUUUAGUUCCGAUUCGAAUUAUUCUUCCCCGAACAAUGGAAACAUGUCCCAGGCGGAGAGCGGUUUCGAGGAUGACUUUGUCAGUCAGCACGAACACCAACGUUCAAAGGCCACCACGCCGGCAUCGUCGACGGCAGCCACGCCAUCCUCGUCGACCCUGAAAGACCUCUGGGAUCUUUCCGACACUUUCGGAAUGCCUCCACCAGGAGCGAAAUCGACAACGAGCACCUCCACAAGCAACAUCUACGCACCGCUGAGCUCCGCCACGAUACGAGCCCCCGCGGUGAACAGCAAACUGUACGCUUCAGAAUUCGUCGAUCCCCUCUGCAAUGGAAAAUCCGUUGCCCCUAAAGUACAAACCGUCGCGAAGCCAACCAUCAUCAAACCCGGUGGUUGCAAUGGUAGCAAUAGUCAAAAGUCCACCCCCGUGCACAAUCUCAAGCCGAAAUCGGCGAUGCCGGGACUCUGGGCGACAAUGAAAUCUCCAGCCCCAUUGCCUACGACGAUAGUUCCUGUUGCUGCACGGUUGCCGCCAAUGGUGGACGGCUUCGACGAUGGAGAGGAAUCGCUCGAUUCCCUGCCGUCGCCACCGAUGCCAAACAUUCCGCCACCACCGCCACCGCCCUGCGUGGCGGAUGAAUCUGAGGACCUUGAAACGACCGAACCAUACGGAAUCGCUAUGUACGAUUUCAGGGGAGAAACCGAUGAGGAUCUCAGUUUUAGGAUCAAUGAAAAAAUCUACUUGCUAAAGCGACUGAACGAAGAGUGGCUUCUGGGCCGGGACCGGCGCGGCUGCGAGGGCAUGUUCCCAGCCAACUACAUUGAGGUGAAGGUAUCCCUGCAGGAAGGACGAUUACCCACAACCACCACCAGCAACAGCAAAAGCAGCAACCAAUCUGCUACCAAGUAUGGUGAUAUUAGUCAUAGUGGAACCGAUAGCUUUAAAAAUCAUCUCAAAGUGCGAGUGCUGUACACCUUCAACGCCGAGACACCGGAAGAUUUAACGAUAGUGGAAAAUGAGCACGUAACCGUUCUAGGGCAGAUCACGUCCGAGUGGCUGUACGGAGAGAUGAAUGGACGGCGAGGUCAGUUCCCGGCCAACUUUAUCGAGUACCUUCCACCCAAUCUACCUUCAAUGGCGGCCAGCGGUGGGACCUAAAAGUGGUAUACGUAGUUGGUAAGAUCCCUUCAUCUAAAUUGUUUUGUUUGAUUCCUCACAUCAUUGGCACUUUUAAUUUCAUUGGUUGUCUUUUGAUACACUCCCACAUAAUUUGAUGAAAUUCGUAGGAUUCAGAGGAGAGCGUUUUUACAGAAUUUUCCCCGUAAGCACUGUAGAAAUAUUUCAUGAAAGCCAUUAACUGAGAAUAGUAGCAAAUGCCUUUAGGAGAGUAAGCAUUUCUUUUCAUUUAUGUACAUAUUUUUGCUACAAUGUAAUACACGAUCUGUGCGAGGUACAUACAGGCACAUACUUUAUUGCCUUAGCGCAAGUCGCGAAGAUCGGAUGUGUCAUUUUGUUGUUGUUAAUUAGCAAGUCUUGGUUUUAUUGGUGAUGAUAGUUGUUUGUUCGUUUGUUUGUGACCUGUAUGGUUGAGUUUUGUCCAUUUAUUGAGAAUAAAACGAGGCCUUCUGAAGGCCUGCCAAAAUGUGAUUUGAACGUGAUGGUAUUACUGAUAGUUAUGCAUGCGAAACCAUUUAUCGUUUGGAAGGAGUGAAUGAAAUGGGAUAGAAGUAGUAGAGGACAGAAAAUCAAAUAAACUGAUAAUCUUUAGACUUUAGUUGAUCUGAAUCUAAUAACUGUAAAAAUGGCACUAUUUACGACGCUCUAAAACUACUGAAGUAACUAACAUUGUGGAAACGAUAUGUCCUAUUUGUCUAAACAUUUUGUAUUAGAUAUUCUAAGCUUAGCUAUAAUUUAUUGAAAAUAUCAACAUACACUCAACACUGACUAUUGGUAGGUUCUUUUGUAAAGAUUUUUUACUUGAGAAAUACAAAAUGUGCAUUCACUAAA